AUGGAAAACCUAACGCAAGAACAAUGGCGAGAGAUAACGAACAAGAAGAUGCGUUUCCCCCCGGACUUAAUUGCUGCCAUUGAAGAGGGGAAUGUGUUGCUGAUCAGCAAGCUGCUAAUUACCAGGGAUGGCAUCCUCCAGCAGCUGGAUGACUCGGAGGACCGGCUUUGGAGGGAAGCGCUGAACUUGGCCAUCCGGCUCGGCAGCGAAGACACUAUUGAUGCUGUUCUGCAGGGGGUCAAGUUUGACUUCCGCCAGAUUCACGAGGCACUGCUAGUGGCGGUGGACACAAACCAGCCACAUGUGGUCAAGCGGCUUCUCGACCGACUAGACCAGGAAAAGGGUGUGGGCAACAAAAAGGUAGAUGUUCGCUCUUUCUCACUGGCAAUCUUUGACCACUCGAUCGACGACUCACAGUUUGCCCCUGGUGUGACCCCGCUGACCUUGGCCUGCCAAAAGGAUCUGUAUGAGAUUGUCACCAUGCUGACCAACAAGGGCCAUGUCAUCCCAUGGCCACACACCAUCUCCUGCACCUGCCUGGAGUGUCACAAUGGGCGCCAGUAUGACCUCCUUAAGUUCUCUCUGUCACGCAUCAAUACCUACCGGGGAAUUGCCAGUCGUGCCUACCUUUCUAUCGCCUCAGAGGAUGCCAUGCUCAGUGCCUUCCGCCUCUCUGCUGAGUUGCGUAAGCUCUCCAAGAAGGAGCCCGAGUUCAAGCCCCAGUACCUAAGCCUGGAGCAGCUAUGCCAAGAGUUUGCAGUGGAGCUACUUGGAAUGUGCCGGAAUCAAAGUGAGGUCACCACCAUCCUAAACAACUAUGAUGAGGACAGUGAGGAUGAGCUAGACGAGCAGACCUUCGAGGAGGGUAUUCCAAAUCUGGCACGUCUCCGGCUUGCCGUCACCUACAACCAAAAACAGUUUGUGACUCAUCCCAUUUGCCAGCAAGUGCUGUCCAGCAUAUGGUGUGGUAACCUUUCUGGUUGGAGGGGCAGGAACACAGCCUGGAAACUCCUGGUAUCUACUGGGAUCUUCCUAACCAUGCCGUUUCUUUGCCUGAUUUACUGGCUUGCCCCAAAGUCCAAGAUUGGGAAGACUCUGAAAAUACCCGUCAUCAAAUUCUUGCUCCACUCAGCCUCCUAUAUGUGGUUCAUCAUCAUUCUUUUGGGUGAAUCUAUUGCCAUGGAGGUCUAUCGGAAUGAGUUUGCCUCGCGUAAGCAGACUCUUCUUCACAACUCCAUCCACAUGGUCUGGGUGAUUGGUUUUUUCUGGUUUGAGUGUAAGGAAGUAUGGAUUGAAGGCCUGCGAAACUAUUUGCGUGACUGGUGGAACAUCAUGGACAUGACUGUCCUUAGUAUGUAUCUGGCCUCUUUCACUCUGAGGGUGAUGAUCAUGCUGAAAGGCUACAUCCUCUGCCAGUUCCCAGAUAGAGUGAAUGAAUGCUCCUACUUCACAGAAACAGAACGUGACCACUGGCACCAAGAGGAUCCUCAGCUUAUCUCAGAGUUGCUGUUUGCUGUGACCAGCAUGAUGAGUUUCACUCGCUUGGCUUAUAUCCUGCCUGCUCACGAGUCACUAGGGACUCUGCAGAUUUCCAUUGGGAAGAUGAUUGAUGACAUGAUGAGGUUUAUGUUUAUCUUGAUGAUCAUUGGAACAGCCUUUCUCUGUGGAGUCAACAAUGUCUAUGUGCCUUACAUCAACACUCCAUACCUUGGACGGUUCAACGAGACUUUCCGCUUCCUUUUCUGGACCAUGUUUGGAGUGGUCAAUCAGGGCUAUGUGGACAUGCCUGAGUAUUUGCUGGCUGAAUUUGUUGGGAGGAUUCUCUAUGGCAUCUACACAUUAAUCAUAGUGAUUGUGCUUCUAAACAUGCUGAUUGCCAUGAUCACCAACUCCUUUCAGAAAAUUGAGGAUGACGCGGAUGUGGAAUGGAAGUUUGCUCGUUCCAAGCUUUACCUGAGCUAUUUCAGGGAAGGCCUCACCAUGCCAGUUCCCUUCAAUAUCAUCCCAUCUCCCAAGUCCUUGGUCUACCUGUUAAGGGGGAUAGUCAAACAGUUAUGCUGUUGUUGCAACGUGUCCAAACCUCCAGAUUAUCCUCCUAUUGCUUCAAUGUCUAAUCUGAACAGGAACGGCAAGUUAGAGGAGAGUCGUGUUCCAUAUCGGCUGCAGGUGAUCAAGGCGCUGGUCCAGCGCUACAUUGAGGCUGCACGUCGUGAGUUUGAAGAGACAAAGCGCAAAGAUGUGGGGAACAGAAUCACGGAGCUCAGCAAGACGGUGGGGAGACUGCAUUCGGAGAUGAAGUACAUCCACAAAAGCCUGCAGACCACAGCUACUAAGACUGAGGAAGACGACAUACUGAGGAAGUACAUCGCUGGGGCUAAGAACAACUUCAAGGGCUUUGACAACAAGGCAGCCAUGGGUCUGAACAUAGAUUGUUCAGUAGAAAGAAGGGACAUCGGUGAGAUCCAACAGAGGGAAGACACAGAGGAGGAGGGUUCUCCUGAGCCACACGAGACCUUCUCACCAGCCCACAGUGAGAGCUCUGUAGACACAGGCCUGGGCUCCCAGAGGGAGGAGGAGAUCCAACCGCCCGAGUGUGCAGUAAACAUCAGCGAAUAA